UUACUUGUCAGAAAACAGAGUCGUCCGGCAUACUUGGCCUGGCUUCGAAACGUUUAUAAAACUGCACUGCAUACCAUAAUAAACUGGACAAAUCUAUUUAAUACAAAGUAAAAAUUGUAUCAGUUAAUCUUACAAAAUGAGUUUUAACCUGCCUCCCCUUAAAGUAAAGCCUGAACAUGUCAGUAAUAUCGAGCCACAGGAGGGACCCUUCGGUGUUCCGAAUCCGCUCGUAGCAGGUCUGGCUGCAACGAAGAACAAACUUGGCAUGUCACAUCCUUUAGAAGUCUCUGAGAGAAGCUUUCAUUUAAAUCAAGAGAAAAUGAAUAUGGCUAUGCUCCGUAACAUCCAAGGGCUGCACGCACCACUGAAACUCACCAUGGAAAUGAAGUUUACAAGCAAGGUUGGUCAUCUCCCAUUCCUUCAGAGGUCCAACUUCCAAAGUGAUGUGUUAUCCGGCAGACACUUGGAUAUUGGCUUUGAAGAUAUUCUCAACACACCAGAGCUAUGCGAAGUGGCCGGCCAGCCUCAUGCGGUGGUGGAACGGUCCCUAGGCAUACUGUGAGCCUGUUAGUCUAGAUUUUGUCUUGUAAUAUGCUACGGUUUUUCAAUAAAAUUUUAAGAACUU